AUGAAGUUCAUUGUCCUAGAGCUAGAAGGGCUGAUCUCGCAGAUAUGCCACGUGCAGAACCGCAUCGCCCUGCGCAACCACCUGCAGAACAACCAACGCGCCAGUGUGGUGUGGGUGGACCAUGACUCAGAGGAAGACGAGCUUACCUGCGACCAGAUGGAAGAGGAGUUCCAGCAGAAAGUGGCUGAUUUUGUCAAUCUGUUCUCGGAGAACGAUAUGAAAGUGUCAGAGUUCUUCAACGAAAAUUUCCAUUCGGCCGUGAAACGACUAAAUGGAAUCCGCAAAUACAUUGCGUAUUAUCCAAAAGAAGAGCAAGACGAAAAUAGCUUACAAGAGGCCAUCAUCGAGACGUAUCGCAUGUUCCUUCUGCUGAAGAAUUACGCCAGUAUAAACUUUAGUGCUUUCCAUGAGAUUUUGAAGAACUACGAUCGUCGUACAGGGCGCAUGAUUUCUCCAUGGUUUAUGAUAUCACAGUCGCACUCGUCCAAGAGUUUGCUGACCCAGGCGAAGGGAAUCCAGAACUUCAUAGGGGAUAUAGAAAAUCUGUAUGCUAAUCGGUUCUACAAGGGAUAUGGCUCGCUUAUUAAAGCUCGUCGCGAUCUGUUGAGGCGGCGACAACCCCACCACAUGAGAAACGACCAGACCUAUAGCAUUGGUUUCCAUUCUGGCUUCUGCGUGCCUCUAGCGGGUUUCUCGUGGGCCUUCGUGACACUGGCUUUCGAGACACGUCGCAUCAAUUACAUGUUCAUCAUGAACCUCAACCCCAAGAGCGUCAUCCGCUUGCACGAGAUCCUGACGUCGGGCUUCUUCCUGGUGGCUAUAUGGCUCAGUUCUGCGUACCUGUAA